UGUUUUUGCUCUUGAAGCCAAGGACGCAGCCAUUCGACGAGCAAAUUUCACUCUCAACAGAUGGCAUAGCGGUAGACUAGAGAAUGCAGCGCCGUAUUGCAAUGUUCUGCAAAAGCGGCAGUUUUCAGUACUGUGUGCGUCAAAUCAAACAAAUUUCAUAGUCGAAAAUCGGUCAACAAAUCGAUUGUGAGUCGAGGAGAGUGAUUGUGUUUGUACGGAACUAAUGAAAAGCGCCUCUAAAUAUUUGAAACAGUGAAAAAUGGAUGACUGCAGCGAAGAGCGCCUCUCCGAGGAGUUGAAGACCAAACGGAUUUGCCGGUUCUGCUUGAGCCAGGAGGAACCGCUGGGCGACAUUUUCACCAAUAUUCCGACUGAGUCCAGCGGAAGCAAAAGUAACAAAACGACGACGCCCCUGACACUGCAAAUAAUGGCCUGUGUUGCGAUUGAGGUAUACAAAGACGACGGCAUGCCGUGCACAAUUUGCGACAAUUGUCGCCAUUUGAUGGAUCAUUCGUAUCGAUUCAAACAGAUCUGCAAAAAGGCGGAUACGCUUCUGAAGACGUAUCCAAUUACGGGAGUGUGGCCGGAGAAACUUAAAGUCCCUGUUAAUCUCUUUAAGACGGUUUCGGUGGAAAUGGCACCCAAGCCUCCGAUUCGGGAGGUAAAACCACCACCCCCAAAAAGUGAUGUCAAGUCAAGCCGCAUUGUACCCGUAUCAUCGGUUGAAACUGUAGCUGUUCAAGCAGCGGUACCUGCAUCGAGUACCACCACUUCGGAAGAUCCCAUAAUUUCGGGUUCUAAUAGCUCACGCCUGCAAAUCGGUGCAGCAGACGAGGACGUCAAACCAAAAAUCGUCAAGUUGAGCAUUGAAGAUCUGCGAAACAUAAAACAAGGAAAAUCAAUCAACAGAGUCAACCUUAUCCAUAAAACGUCACCUUCGAAGCGCGUUGAAACUGUGUCCACAAAAAGUUCAGCAGACAAGCGAUCACCUGUGAAGAUUAUAAACGGGAGCUUGAAAGGUGCGAGCAAAGCACCAGUUAUUUUAAACAGCAUGAAACCACCAAACAGAACAGAAGAACACAUUGUUCAAACCAGCGAUGGAACGCUGGAGAUCGUAUGCAUUGAAUCUGCCCAAGACCCGGCUGCUGAUGCAAUCGACCCGAUGAAAACUGCCCCACCGGUCGAGACCCACGUUUAUCCCUGCACAGAAUGUGAGCGGACAUUCCCGUUGCGUCAGUUGUUGGAAAUUCACCUGCAAAAUCACAACCGAGAACGCAACUACCCUUGUGAGAUGUGCGAUAGGCGCUUCUUCAGCAAAUACGAUCUCUCGAAGCACAAUCUCACACACACCGGCGAGCGACCGUUCGUUUGCAUAAUCUGUAAAGCGGCUUUUUCGCGGUCUACUCUUCUAACUCGUCAUCAAAAGAUUCACAAAGAUCAGCCAAAGUUCCUGUGCAUGUACUGCGAACGGACGUUCUUAUCGAACGAUGAACUGCAAAAGCACAUGGAGUUCCACAAGAAGAAGCGACCGUUCCAAUGCCAGAAAUGCCCGAAGAGCUUUGCCUACAAGCAAGGUCUCGAACGGCAUGAAGUAACCCACGAGACAAACCUUCCCUUUCCGUGCGAGCACUGCGAGUUGAGUUUUUCAUCGGCAAGCAAACUGGCGCGCCAUCUAACGGCUCACGCAGGAGCCCGUCCCUAUCCGUGCCGCAUGUGUUUGAGGUCAUUCAUGCUGAGCCAUCAUCUGACGAGACACGUCCGGUCGCAUCAGGGCGGCAGAGGUGCGUACAAAUGUAACGAAUGUGCCGCUAUGUUCGAUAACCAGGACGACCUGAUCUACCAUUCGGCCGAACACGCCACCAAAAGUUUGACAUGUCCUUUGUGCCGUGAGCAUUUCGAAACCCUGGAACAAGUUACGGAACAUAUCAAGGAGCACUCGGAGGGAAUCCAGUUUGCAUGCGAUUACUGCGACUUGCUGUUCACUACGGAGCAGAAAUUGGACGACCACUGCCAGCAAGAGCAUUUGUCCGUGCUGGCAAUGGAGCGCACGGAAAUGAUCCAAAAUACCACGGAUGAGUCGCAAACUGGGCAACAGUUUGUAAUCGAAGAAAUCUCUAUUCAAAAGGAUGGAAGUCAGAUGAUAACGACUUUCGUCGACGGAAAGGAGAAGGAGAAAAAGUUUAUUAACAAGGAUCAAGCACAGGUGUUCAAGAGUGAAAUCGUACUACAAGACAUUCCCGUGCAAACUGAGGAGGAGUAUAAUGAAGAGACAUAUGAAGAUCAAGGCGAAGAGUAUUAUGAGGAAGAAGAGUUAGACGACGAGAUUGACGGAGCUUCUAAUGAUAUAACGAUAAAAAACGAAAAAAUUGAACCCGUCAAACCAGCGGUAACCCAAGUAACUAAGUCAGAGCCAUCCUCAUCUCCACCGGUCAAUGUUGUAAAAUCUGCUCGUCAAAAAUUAGAUUGCAUCCUCAAAACGGCGCCAUCUACCGUCCCCAAAAGUGUUGGAGACGUCUUGAAAAAUCUACCUAAAGGAGUGGUAGUUAAACGACCGAACGCGCCUCAGCAGUCCACGUCAACUUUAAUCGAAAAGAAACCAGAUCCCUCUCUAGUAGUUGCAGCACAAGCGGCCACUUCGAAAAAUCCUCCAGCACCGACACCUAAACCAGUUACAGUACAAAAGAAAACGCUUCAAAACGUGCAGCCAAAACAGCCUCCGCAAACUCUUGCAGCUAAGGCUGUCCCCAUAAAACUCGAAUCUCUGAAAACCUCUCCUAGAACGGGUACCAAGAGGCCGGCAGAAAACACGAAGUCGCCUUCCCCAGUCAAAAAACUAGCAGUGGAAGCUACCAAAAGUAACACUAGCGCCACACCUUCUGUGUUCACCCCAAAACCAGUACUCAAAGCGGUACCCAAACCAAGUUCAGUCAAGAAGAGCAAAACGUUCGAAAUGAAAAUAGGCGACCGAAUGGUCAAGGUGCAGAAGGUUGUGAUGACCAAAGCGGAAGUGGCCGCAAUGGCGCGUGAUGGCAAAAUUGAAAUGCAAGGCGACACCAUGAUUUUGAAACAAGGUAAGACUAAGAAGUAGGUGAUAGGCGAAAAAGUGCAAAAAUGUGUUGCUGGUAUGCCAACAUUUAAUAAAUAUGCCAUUGAACCUAAACGAUAA